ACCGUGUCUGUUUGCUCACUAGCUAGCAUGUUAGGUAGCUUUGGUCAAAUCUUGUUGCAGAUGCAAACAAAAUAGAUUUACUUUAAACUUAAAACUGGUUGUGCUUCCAAUUUUAAUUUGUAGCGAAAGCGAAUAUCACAGUUAUACAGGACGCUUUCUGGCUAUCAAAAGUAAAGCUGAUAAACAUGACUUAAACCAAUCUCUGGUUAAACCACCUGCUGUCCACUAGCGGAAGAGAUUCGGCGCGCUGUUUCUAAAGAACAAACAUCUGCCAUGCUAUACAAGAGCAUCUCAUUACCAGUCAUUACCAGGAGGUGGCGAUAUUGACUGAGAAACUUUGGUGCUUACAGACUAAUUCCACCAGUCUGCAACUUCUUUUGGAGUUAUUACAUCUGGAAGUAUAUCCUGUUUACACCAGAGAAAGAUACAAGAGCUGGAGUCAGAGAAACAACAAGUGGGAGAGAAGGAAUCUGCGGGCAUUGUUGAAGCAGCAUGAACUGCAGCAGGUCCAUGUCCAGCUGGAAGAGGUUCAGGGUCUGCUGAAGGUCAUGACGGAAGAGGCAGAUGACAGGAUGAUGAGCACACAACUGAAAAAUGCCCUGCAUAUUAUCUCAAAUCACAGCUGCACUGUGGACAUGCAACAGUACUUGACUAACCAGAUCGAACAGCUUAGAGGGGAGAAUCAGCAACUGAAGGCUGCAUUGAGACAGGCAGAGCUCAGACUCAGCACAAUGGAGAGAGAGAAGGCCUGUCAGCAGGCUGCGCUCUCAGAAAAGGUCUGCAAUGUUGAUCAGCUUACUUUAGAGAAACAGCAGAUGACCGCUGAGCUGGGAGUGUGGCGUAUGCAGCUUACCCAGCUGAAAGAGGGCCAAGAGCUGCUCGGCAGUAAAACCUGUGAGCUGGAACAAGAGAACCUGAAACUCAAGACCCAGCUGAAGACUGUACAGGCUGAGCUGGAGCAGGCCAACAGCUCCUUGAGAACACUGAGGGGAGCUGACAGUCAUGGUCUUAUGUUCGCUCUGGGAAUGCAGAAACAGAUCACUGCUAAAAGGGAGCAGAUUGAUUUCUUGCAAAGCAGAAUUCAGCUGCUGGAGGAGACCAUAGAGAAGCUCAAGACGGAGAAGCACCGUCAGGCAUUACUGGUUAAGAGACAAACACAAGAGCUGCUGUCAGAGAAGGAGAGCAGGAGAAGACUGGAGUCUGAAGUGGAGACUCUGUGCUCACAAGAGCGAGAACUCAAAGGCAAAGCUGAGAGACUGGAAGCAGCUUUAUACAAGAUGUCUGACAGUUUUUCUGAAUGCCAAGACUUUAUUCAGAAGCAGGAACAGGAGCAUAUGAGGCUAAAACUGCAACAUGCAUUAGAGAUAAAGGAAUUGCAAAGCCAGAACUGGCGUAACGUGUCCAGAUCUCCAGCCAGCAGCCGUACCCUACAGACUCAUCUUCCCAUCGCUCAGCAUAACGUUAAUGGCCUAAUGGAGAUGAGAGGCUCUGACCUCAUCAUGGAGCUGAAGAGUUUUCUAAGAGAGCUGCGUGGUGGGAUUGCUGAAGAGCAAGGGCCACACACUACCUCAAGCUUCAGAAGGAGACCUGAGGAAGACCACAAAUCUAGACUACCUACAGGAACUAAAGGUUCUGAAAGUACCACAAGGCCAAUUGGGAGAAUAACCAGUUAUAGUGAGCCAAUGUCCUUCAGAACUGCUGAACCUAACAAGCAGGAUUGCAACAGCACUUUAUCAGCUGACAAUAAAGCAGGACAGAUAUGCUGUCCCAGCUCUGCUUGUGCGACAGGACGCAGGUCUCCUGUGCACCUUCUCCUCACUUCUGAUCUUCCCGCUGACAGAAACUACUGGCUGGAGAUAAAGCGCCCUGCCAGUGCCAAUCAGAUAUAUGCCAACAAUCAAGAUGAGCCCACAGGACAAGCAUGGAAGAAUGAAGGAUCUUAAACUGCAGGAUGAUGGCCAGAAUGAGACUGUUUUCUUCAUUUUGGUCUUAAUAGGUGCGUUUGACUGACUUUGACUGAGGCUGGCCUUACUGAUUGAUAAAAUUUGCCAUUUGUAUUUGGGGAAGGAGUCGAAAAUGGAUCUGUCAGAACAGACAUAUAGUCAUGCUCACACUAUUUGCUUUCUUCAUCACAAACAAAGUGGAUUACAUGUAAUAUUUGUCAGACAUUUUAAUUUUGAAAAAAGUAGAAACCCAAAACUUUUUAUGUGCUGCUUAAUACAACCCCUGUAUGUAAAAAAAAAGAAUACAGAGCUUUCUGACCCUGCAUAGACAGCAACACAACUGACAUGUUCAAGUCCCAGAAAGGUAUUAAGGACAUUGUUAAAGUAGUCCAUGUGACAUCAGUGGUUCAACCUUAAAGGAGAAAUUCACUUGCAGAACAAAAAUUUACAAAUAUUUACUCACCCCCUUGUCAUCCAAGAUGUUCAUGUCUUUCUUUCUUCAGUUGUAAAGAAAUUGUUUUUUGAGGAAAACAUUUCAGGAUUUCUCUCCAUAUAGUAGACUUUUAUAAUGCCCCUGAGUUUAAACUUCCAAAAUGCAGUUUAAGUUAUAUACUUUUUAACCUCAAAUGCUUGUCUUGUCUAGCUUUGCAUUAACUGUGUAUUCUGGUUCAUGACAGUUAGGGUAUGUCGACAAACUCAGAUCUCAUUUUCUCCUCCAACUUCAAGUGAACAUGCAAAGAAGAUCAAGCGCCUAUUACAAAAACAGGUAAAACAGAGAUGUAGGAUGAUUUUGAAGUUGGAGAAGCAAAUGAGAUGGGAGUUUUUCGACCUACCCUGUCUUGAACCAAGCAUUUGAGGGUAAAAAGUAUGUCAUUUGUAUUUUUUUUUUUAAUCAAUCGUUUCGCUAGAUAAGACCCUUCUUCCUCAGCUGGGAUCAUUUAGAGCCCUUUGAAGCUGCAUUUAAACUGCAUUUUGGAAGUUCAAACUCGGCACCGUAGAAGUCCACUAUAUGGAGAAAAAUCCUGAAAAGUUUUCCUCAAAAAACAAAAUUUUUUCUCAGAUCAUAAUUAUAUAAUUUUGAAAAAGCCUAUUUUGAGUGGAAGCAGAAACAUGCUGUUUUCGUUCAUGUCUAUGCAUUUACAGUUCAUAGCUCAGAUACAUCUGUUUACAUCAGGGCUCACCAAAUUUGUUCUUGGAGGGCCGGUGUCCUGCAGAGUUUACCUCCAACUUUCCUCAACACACCUGCCUGGAAGUUUCAAGUAUACCUAGUAAGACCUUGAUUAGCUGGUUCAGGUGUGUUUGAUUAGGAUUGGAGCUAAACUCUGCAGGGACACCAAACCUCCAGGACCGGGUCUGGUGACCCCUGGUUUACAUCAUAGCCAAUAAACAACUGUUUGGUUUUGAUUAUCAUGUCUAUCGUGAUGAAAUUGAGCAUUUUAAGGCCACAUUAGUUUAAACUUCUGAUAUAGGGUUUUCUGAGCGCACACAUCCGAAGCACACACACACAACGCAGCUGUCACAUGGCAUGUGAGUGCUAAACUAAGUUCUCUUUAAUGUCUUAUUGCCCUUAAAUUGUCAAAUACACACAAGUUUAUGUUAAAAACACAAGAGUUACAAAAAACGUCAGUUAUGUCUGUAAAGGUAAAUGACUGGGAAAGAAAUCACAUUUAUAUUAGAUCUGUGUGGCAGCAGUGUCAUAUACAGUAAAUAAAUCAAUAAAUCCACUGCUCUCUUGUCUCCUCUGAGGCUGGGACUCUAAAUAGUGUUCUGUGCUCGUCUGUGCAGCCAAUGACGAACAGUUAGCAUGUCUUGCUCGAACUUUCACUAUGGUGUUAGAACUGUACACUGUUGUCGCUUGCGAAAACAAAACGGCAGCACCGUGGGUGGAAAUGUGCAGA